AUCCUUUCUUUUCCUUUUCCCUUUUCCAAUUGAGCUAGUUUGUUACAUCCAACCAUGGCUAACUUGUUUGAUAUCGAGCAACAUUUGGUAUUCUACAGAUCGUACCACUACAACAACGUCAAUGUCGCCAUCCACUUGGUGUGCAUCCCCAUAAUUCUCCUUUCAGCAAUCACAUUCCUCGUGCCCCAAAACAUCCUCGGGUCAGCCCACCCAUAUAUCAACUUGGGAUCUGCCUUGGCCUGGGGGUAUGGAAUCUUUUAUACCCUUUUGGACUUGAAACUUGGGCUUCCCUCGUUUGGAUUGUUGGUUACAUAUGCCCAUUUGAUUAAAGGACACUAUUUGUCAUUAUCGAGCACCACUCCGGUUACCCCUGGUGACUUUGUCAAGUAUGCUAUUGCCGCGCAUGUUGCUGCAUGGUUGGCUCAGUUCUACGGUCAUGGAGUGCAUGAAAAAAGGGCCCCUGCGUUGUUGGACAACCUUUUGCAGGCAUUGGUGUUGGCGCCAUUCUUUGUUGUGUUUGAAAUUGCAUUCUUCUUGGGAUUCAGAAGCGAUUUGAAGAAGUCAAUGGAUGCCAAGGCUAGUGUGAAUAUUGCAAAAUUUAAAAAGGAGAGCGCUGCUGCAAAGGAAAAGAAGUCAAAGUAGAUGCAAUCUAUUUUUGCCUAUUCUAUUUAUGUUUAGUUACUUUUGUUUGUACUUUGGAUGUAUGAUUCAUAUUUCCGUUUCACUUCUGGUUCACAUAAUGAAACCCCUUGUAAUUGAUUACCAAUAGUUAGCCAACCAGGUCUGGUAUUAUGAUCUCUGCCAAAUAUUUCAAGUUUUCUGGAAUGAACUCCGACUAAUCUUUCCACGAUAUCGUAGAACUCAUCUGGUUUUCUCAGAGUUUCUCUGGUUCCGCUUACCACGACAUCAGUAUCGAUUUUCCGGUUAAGCCAGAUUGGGUUCCCCUUUAAUCCAACGAGCAAAUGCUCCUUGGAAUGGUUUAACCAAUGACCUGUCCUACCAGUGACAAUAGUCCGCUUUAACUGGUUAAGUUUCACCCAUAUCAUCUCAUCACUAAUGCGGUAUCCCCAUUUCAAAAGCGCCCGGCGUCCAAUCUCAAUCGACCGACCUGUAACCCAAAGCAUAAUGAUACCCUCAUCUUGCAAUUCUGACAUGGGUAAUGAUAACAAUUCGUCGUCUUUACAAGUUCCAUAGGGCAACGACAUGUGGAUGUCCCAUGCAGGGUCGGAAAUUAUGGCUGCGAAUUUUCCAAGGAUUGAAAAGGGCAAGUAUCUAAUG